AAAGUUUGAGCUUCUUUUGUAUGCACUUGAAUUGCAGUGCAGCAUUUCAUUGCUCCAAGUGACUAAAAUGGAAUGUGAAUGUUUCAGCUCUACAGACAUCUGAAACAGAAGUCAGCUUCUUUGUCUCCCAUUAAAACACUAAACUUAAUGAAAACCACAUGCCUUUUUCUUGUCUUUACUGCCUGAAGCUGAAGUUGAUCCAUCAUAUUUUUUUAACAAUAAGAGCAGCUAGGUUAACAUAUUAAUCGGGAUCUGCUUCCAUACGUCACUUGCACAAGACUGACUUACCUUGAAACACUUAUUUUUUGCAGAAGAUUGCAUUCCAGGAUAUAUUACCUCUUGCUCCAGGAAAGAAUGCUGGCACAUAGUCCCUCUCUACCCCACAAAGUAUUUUAAAGCCUGUCAAUCUUUAUAGUAGUAUUUCAGUCAGUUGGAAAUAACCCAUGAUUUGUCUAAACAUUUGGAAUUAAUGGAUAAAAAGAAGUGAUUGUAUUUAGAAUACCAUAGAGGAGACCUCAAUCAACUAAAAAGACACAAAGAAUUCAUUCUUCAUAGCCCUUCCAGCUCAAUACAAGCUUGAUCUUUUGAAAUGAAGACUUUGAAGCAGUUUGUUUUCUUUCUCCAUUUUUUUAUGCCUGUGGUGAAGUUAGCACCACCUAACCAGCAGUCUGUUACGUUUUAUGACUAUGGACUGGCCACUCUUGAAGACACUGUAUUUAAGCAGGAGUAUGAAGACACAAUAUUUAAGAAAGAUGAAGACCAACCACAGGAUGCAGUAAAAACUAAGGAAAAUAAUGGUAUCAUCAUUUCCCAUGAAAAUGAACUACAAGUCCAGAGAGAUGAAGAAGCACCUGAAGUUUCACCAACAAAAGAUGCAGAUUUGCCUACUUGUUUGCUCUGUGCUUGUUUAAGUGGUUCAGUUUACUGUGAAGAAACAACUAUUGAAAGUGUUCCAGUUCUGCCAAAGGAAACAGGCUACCUUUAUGCACGAUUCAACAAAAUCAAGAAGAUCAAAACCUCUGACUUUGCUGAAAUUCCCACCCUAAGAAGAAUUGACUUUACUGGAAACAAUAUAGAAGAAAUUGAAGAUGGGGCUUUUGCAAAACUAAUAUUAUUAGAAGAACUUUCACUUGCUGAAAACAGGCUACUCAAGCUUCCAGUUUUGCCUCCAAAGCUAACUACCUUUAAUGCAAACCAAAACAGAAUUAAAAGCAGAGGAAUUAAAGCAAAUGUUUUCAAGAAGCUGACCAAUUUAUCAUUCCUCUACCUAGCACACAACGCGCUGGAAUCUGUUCCCCUUAACUUGCCAGAGAGUCUGCGUGUUCUGCAUCUUCAGUAUAAUAAUAUAACAAGCAUCUCAGAUGAUACCUUCUGCAAAAACAACAAAACACGUUAUGUUCGUAAUCGCAUGGAUGAGAUACGAAUGGAAGGGAACCCAGUCAUCUUGGGAAAGUACCCCAACGCAUUUAUCUGCUUGAAAAUGCUGCCUAUAGGUUCUUGGUUUUAAAUUGCUAAUGAAACUGGAAGUGGUAAAAUGUAGGUUAAAAUGGCCAUUUAUAUCACUGUUUUAAUGUAUCUCCAUGUUAGUAUCUCCCCACACAUAUUCAGACCUUUUAGCAGUUACAAUAUAUUUAGAUCUACCUAAAGGAACUGGGCAAAGUAACACCUUUUGAUUUAAUAAGCUUGAGCCUUUUUUAAUUUCUAUAACAUAGAUUCAAACAUGAGACCAGUAAAAAUAUUUUAUGCAUGGGA